AUGCAAGCUCUCUCGUUGGGGGUCACGGCGCAGCAGAAGGAGAAGUGGCGGCUUUCGCCGAGUUGGGUCGCCGUGCCGGGACGGUCGUCUGCGCCCAACCACCACCUUCCUCGACUCUUAGCGCCUUCGAGAGUCCGUGGUAGCGGCAGGCUGCGUCUGCUCGUCUGCCUCGAACUUCCGGGUGCUAGCUGUCUGCAGCUCUCGUACAUGUACAUCAUCACAGUUGCGAGUCCCAGUGUCCCAAGCGUCGAUGCACAAGGCGGGAAAGUCAACGGCCCUAGCAGGAGGUUUCCCGGGAGGUCGCUCGCGGUGAACGCAGCUCGGCAACGGUAG